AUGGGGAUGCUCAGCCUGCUGCGAUUCCUCUCCUGCGGGAAGAAGAAGAACUUCAGUUUGUCCGAUGAAAAAGAUGCCCACAUUGGUGACAGUGAUGAGAACCUGGAGCGUGGCAACUGGUCAAACAAAGGCGACUACCUGCUCUCCAUGGUGGGCUACGCCGUGGGCCUGGGCAACGUCUGGAGGUUUCCCUACCUCGCCUACCAGAACGGCGGAGGUGCUUUUCUCAUCCCAUACACCCUGAUGUUGGCCUUAGCUGGUUUGCCCUUAUUUUUCAUGGAAUGUUCUCUUGGGCAGUUUGCCAGCCUGGGGCCAAUUUCCAUUUGGAGAAUAUUGCCAUUGUUUCAAGGAGUGGGCAUCACGAUGGUCAUCGUCUCCACCUUUGUGGCGAUCUACUACAACGUUAUCAUUGCUUAUGCACUCUACUAUUUAUUUGCCUCAUUUCAAAAAGUGCUGCCGUGGUCAGAUUGCUUCUCCUGGGCAGAUGAGUUCUGCAGCAAAACCCGAUUAAUAAGUGACUGCAACGCGACCUUAGAUGGAGAAACCAUUCACGCAAACUAUUCAUUCAUCGUAAGCAACAAUCUCACCUGUAUAAAUGGCACUAUAAACUACAAACCAGUGCAAUUCCCCAGUGAGCAAUACUGGAAUAAAGUGACUCUUCAGCGCUCGAGUGGGUUGGAUGAGACCGGUAACAUCGUGUGGUACCUGGCUCUCUGCCUCCUCCUGUCUUGGAUAAUUGUUGGAGCUGCGUUGUUUAAGGGAAUAAAAUCUUCUGGAAAGGUUGUGUACUUUACUGCGCUAUUCCCCUAUGUCAUCCUGCUCAUCUUGCUGGUGCGAGGUGCCACCCUGGAAGGUGCUCUGGAUGGCAUCGAGUACUACAUUGGGAGACAGUCCAACAUCACCAAGCUGAUGGAAGCAGAGGUUUGGAAAGAUGCGGCCACCCAGAUAUUCUACUCCCUGUCCGUGGCAUGGGGUGGGCUUGUUGCUUUGUCUUCAUACAAUAAGUUCCACAACAACUGCUACUCGGAUGCUAUUUUAGUUUGUGUGACCAACUGUGCCACCAGCGUGUUUGCUGGCUUUGCAAUAUUCUCCAUCCUGGGACACAUGGCGUUCGUGUCCGAGAGGCCCGUCUCGGAGGUCGUGGACUCGGGAUUUGAUCUGGCAUUUGUAGCCUACCCAGAGGCUCUCUCCAAACUACCAGUUUCUCCGCUGUGGUCCUUCUUGUUUUUCUUCAUGCUCCUGCUCUUGGGCCUUGACUCUCAGUUUGCCACCGUAGAAACACUUACAACCACCAUACAAGAUAUAUAUCCCCAAGUGAUGAAAAAGUUAAGACUCCCUAUAACCCUGGGUGUGUGCGUAUUGCUCUUCCUGCUCGGUCUGGUCUGUGUUACUCAGGCAGGGAUUUACUGGGUCAACCUAAUAGAUCACUUCUGUGCUGGAUGGGGUAUCCUUAUUGCAGCCGUCCUGGAGAUAAUAGGCAUCAUCUACAUUUAUGGAGGGAACAGGUUCAUUGAAGACAUUGAAAUGAUGAUUGGCAAGAAGAGCUGUUUAUUUUGGAUGUGGUGGAGAAUGUGCUGGUUUUUUGUUACUCCUGUGCUGUUACUGGCAAUUUUGGUCUGGUCUUUGGUCACAUUUUCACCUCCCACUUACGGCUCCGUGGUCUAUCCAGGCUGGGGAACUGCUGUUGGCUGGUGCAUGAUCAUUUUCUGUGUCAUCUGGAUUCCCAUCGUCGCUGUUCUAAAAGUAGUUAAAGCUGAAGGAAACCUUUGCCAGCGCAUUGUAAGCUGCUGCAGACCCGCUGCAAACUGGGGCCCAUACCUGCAGUGUCACCGAGGAGAAAGAUACAGCCAUAUUGUAGAUCCCAAAAAGGAAAAGGAACAUGAGAUUCCUACUGUGUCUGGCUUCGUAUGCACCCAACAAUGA